UCAAAUAUCACGGGGACUAAAAAGUGAAAUUAGGCAAUACUACAGGGACUAAAAACGCCGUUUUAAUGCACUGUGGUUGUGUUCCCGCCAGAUAAUAGAGUGAGUUGGGGGAUUUUGGGUUCCAUUUCCUCUCUGGUCAUUACUAGUACUUUGACUAAAAUGGCGUCUUCUUCAUCCAAAACCCUAAUGGAUCUAUCGAAGCAACCAGCAGCAAAGCGUCUAAAACAGGUGUCUUCUACCGAUAACUUCAUUUCUAGCGCCUUGUCAUCUUCAUCUUCGCGUAAAGACUGUGACGAAGACCCCAAAGACGUAGUAUCCUUUACGCCGGAGCAAAAGUCGAGAAUGGAGUUUAACAGAUCACUCGCAAAGGCCAGAAGAAACCUCAAACUAUGUUCUGAUAAAAUCUCCAAAUUAAACGCAAACGGUGAAGGGGGUGGAUAUGUGAAGUUACAGGAACUGUUGAUUGAGGAGACAUGGUUGGAAGCAUUGCCAGGGGAAUUUGAGAAGCCCUAUGCAGGGAACUUGUGCAAAUUUGUGGAAAAGGAAAUUAGUGGUGGUGUCCCAAUUUAUCCUCCACUACAUCUGAUUUUUAAUGCUCUUAACACUACUUCAUUUGACAGGAUAAAGGCUGUCAUUAUUGGACAGGAUCCAUAUCAUGGACCAGGUCAGGCAAUGGGACUCUCUUUCUCGGUGCCUAAGGGUGUGAAAGUCCCUUCUAGUCUGAUGAAUAUAUAUAAAGAACUUAAGCAAGAUUUGGGCUGUUCAAUACCACUUCAUGGAAAUCUGGAACAAUGGGCUGUGCAGGGCGUUCUGCUUCUCAAUGCUGUUCUAACAGUCAGGCAUCAUCAGGCAAAUUCACAUGCAAAUAAAGGCUGGGAGCAAUUUACAGAUGCUAUCAUCAAAACAAUUUCUCAGAAGAAAGAAGGAGUUGUUUUCAUUCUGUGGGGAAACUAUGCCCAAGCAAAAGCCAGGUUAGUUGAUGAAACAAAGCACCAUAUUCUCAAAUCUGCACACCCUUCUGGAUUGUCUGCAAACAGAGGUUUCUUUGGAUGUCGGCAUUUUUCACAGACAAACCAACUUUUGGAAAAGAUGGGAAUGCCUCCCAUUGAAUGGCAACUAUAAGCUGCUUCUCAACCAUCACUUUUGGAAUGCUAGUGCUACAGGGAUUUGCCAUUAAGAAGUGAUUCAUCUAGGUUACUAAAACUUGCUGACUACUGAACAAAGAAGCUUAAUUCAUUGCUGCAUCCUUCAUUUCAGGGAGGCGUCUUGCGGUAAAUGGAAAUUUGGAUAAGGUUUUGCUGCUUGUUCCUAUUUGUCCAUUCUCCUGUGAAGGGUUUUACUUGGCUUCCUGUUAUUUUGUAAUAGUAUGCAUAUAUACUACUGCUUUCUAGUUAUUGGAACAUAUAUCUUUAGUUAUUGAAAACUUAAACUAAAUCGUGAUUUCUCAUUCUAAUGUAAAAUGGAUUCACUCG